AUGCGGUGGUCUUUACUUUUCACUUUAGUUCUGUUCUUCCUCUGCGGGGUGUCAUUGGCAGCCCCAGCGGUAGGAUUGGGAGAACGAGAUGUUGAUGCCGCCGCUAUUCUCGACAAAAGAGAAAACCAAGAUACAACAAUGACCGCAACAAGUAAUGAUGCGAUGCCGACAACUACGACCGCGACAGGGACCCAAGUAACAUCAACGGAAGCGACGGGAACUAGAGCGAGUACUAUAACGGACUCGGCCAAAAAUACUUCAACAUCUCGCCAUACCAGCCAAACCAGCCCAACCAACGCCGCAACAACAGUGCCUUCAUUAGAUGGAGUUGGUUCCUCGAGCGCUUCAUCGCAAAAUAAUACCCAGUCGGCAUACUCAGGAGGCCUCCCAAUCAAGCCGGAAGUGACGCCUGCAUUGGGGGUGGGAGGCUUCAUACUUCUUGUUCUUGGAGCAGCGCUUGCCCUUAUUGGAAUUCGGAAACAAUGGGUCUAUAUCUUCCUCUCCACGGCAUUUUGCGCGGCAUUGGGUGUCACAGUGAGUCAUGUAUAUUUGGAUUACAACUGCAUUGUCUUGAUCAUUUAUGUCAUGAAUUCUCCUGUCAGCAAUGGAGUACAAGGGGGGUAUUUGGUUGCUGUGGUCGUCACGGGUGCGAUAUUUGGUGGUGUAGCGCUCGUCUUCAGAGAAAUCACCGAGGGGCUGUGUUGUCUCCUGGGCGGCUUCUGUAUCGGAAUGUGGCUCAUGACCCUCAAGUCCGGAGGCCUGAUCACUGGCGACGGAGCAAAGGCAGGAUUUAUCCUUGCUUUUGCUGGGGGCUUUUAUUGUCUCUCUUGGAGUCACUACACCCGUGCAUAUGGGUCCAUGCUCUGUACCGCCUUUGCUGGUGCUACCGCUCUAGUACUUGGAAUUGACUGCUUCAGUCGAGCUGGAUUGAAGGAGUUCUGGCUCUAUAUCUGGGGUCUGAACAACAACAUGUUCCCCUAUCACACCUACACUUACCCUGUGACAAGAAACAUUCGCGUCGAGAUUGCUGUCAUUAUCAUCAUCACUGCGUUUGGUGUAAUUGGACAGUUGCGAUUGUGGAAGGUUAUCAAGGCUCGCAGGGCGAAAGAGGAAGAUUCCCGCCAAAAAGCCGAGAAAAAGAAAGAAGAAGAUGACGCCGAGGUCGGUCGCCAACUCGAAGCAAACAACCUCCGCGAACGUGCCGAAUGGGAGCAAAUGUAUGGCAACGGGCAGCACAACGGUAAAGAGGCAUCAUUGUCGGAGACCGCAAUUGCCGAUGAUUCAAGAAGAGGAUCAGAUGGCUACGGUUCUUCAACAAAUCCAGAGAAAAUCAACAUCGAAAUGAAGGACAUGGCUACCGCGGAACACGCUGCUGGUCUUUCGGACUCAGAGAAACAUCUCGGAAGGAUUGAUGAGGGAGAACAUCAUGAGGUGCGCAGUCAGCCCGAAAUAGAAUAUCGUGACAUGGUAGGACCAAGACCGGUCACUGCAAUGUCCUUGCCAACGGCUGCUGUGAAGUCACAUCUCCGUGGAGAUAAUGACUCUGAACAUGGGGCUGUUAUUGGCUCCGAGGCUGGCACCCCUAGAGGAUCAAAGCACCUUUCAAGGAAACCAUGGAUGAACAGGCUCUCCUGGCGCAGCGGCAAUAUUCAAAUUCCAGAGCCGCAAUCGGUGUCGCAGGAAGCCUUGAUCGUGUACGAUGAUGCUGCAUCCUCCGUGGCAGGCGUUGUGGACGAUCUGACAAUCGCCUCUGGCCCCCCAAGUAUCGCGUCUGGUAUCCACGAUGAUGGGGAGGGCCAGGAACACAAGAAAGAUAUCUCAAACGAGCAUGCAACAGAGCAGAACGUGCUCUCCGAGGUGGCUUUAGGAAAACUCAACACUCAAGCACGUCAGCCUGCCGCAGCAGUGACUGAAGCAGAUAUCCCAGCUUCCCAUGAAACAGAAGGCGGAAAUGACGACGCUUCUGUCAACGAUGAGAAUAAUCAGGAAAACCAGGAAAACAUUCCGGCAGUGGCGGCUAUUUCGGCAGACAGUCCCGCGGAGGAUCAGGGCGCGAAAGCCGAGAACGCAGAGGAGCAAACCCAGCAGGCUCCAUCAAAAACCCAACCUGAUAUACAAAAGCAAGAAAACCCAAGUGCAGUUGUUGAGAGCGCUGAAUCUAUCGCCGAGGGUAAUGCGUCUGAAAGGGAACCAUUAGGUCCCGUUGAGGCUGAACAAACAGAGGUUGACGAUACUCAUGAUCACCAAUCUAACGUCGACAAAGAUGCCACAGUCGCCGAUUGCGCUUCCCAAAAGAAACCCAUCAAACCUGUCAAGAGGCCAACAUUGGAUAGGUCGACAGUGAAAAAGAUCCCUGAACAGACCUCGAAGGUGGUUCAUGUCUUCCGCACCAAAGAAUGGGCAAAGCAUCUGGCCGAUGCGGAAACCCCAGAGCUUGAGCCCCUGGAGCUUGAAAGCGAGGCCCCAGAAAACUUGGAGAAAACUGAGCAGGUCGCAGCCCCAGUUCAUGUUGAUGGCCUUCUGCAAACAGCCUUCAAUGCCCAACCACCUCCCGCUGUGAUGAGUCCCGAGCUAAGCGCAGCAAGCUUGGAACAAAUCCGGCGACAGUCUGACUUAUCAUUUGCACCUUCUCCAGAGGUGUCUCGGUCAAAGAUACGAAAUAGCCUGCAAAAUCUUUCUGGCAGAUCCCCGCCGCCGAUAGCUCGCAAUGCGUCAACAGGAUCCAUAGUUCCACUACAUGAAGAGCAUGAUGCUGUUGCUCCAAUGCUUCGCAGUGCAUCAACUCCCUUGUUGACUCUCACCUCACCCAACAUCAGCAAAGAGACACCGGAGUCGCCACGCUGGAAUGGCCCACCACCUCUUCUUGCCGUUCGUGAAGACAUGGUGCGCAAUAGAAUGUCUUCCACUUCCCUUCGCCACGAUCCUUGGGCAUCUCGAAACGCUUCACGCCAAUCUCUCGUAGACCCCUUGCAGGCCAUCUCCCCAACAAAAGCUAUCCCUGAAGAACACGAGGAAGACUUUGAAAUCGCCGCACCCAACGAUGAUGACGACGUUCCUCUCUCUAAGCGCAAAAUCAUGCUGCAGCGCCAGACCAUGCAGUCACCAUCCAGCUUGAGCAUCGCAAAUUCGCCCCUGGCGAUGAGCCCCCCGAGCUACGAACGCUCAAGAUCACCCCAAUUCACUCAAGUUGACUCUGAAAGAUCUGCCUCAAGAAUGGCAGCAUGGCGCCAAUCAGUGAAGGAGGACAUGACUCAACGCCGUGACCCUCUUUUCCAUGGCACUUCUCCAGGACCCCCAGGACCAGCCAGCCCCGAACGACCGCGCAGCAGUCUUUGGGGAUCUGUGCAGCAAAUGCGUGAUGCUUCCUCGGCCCACGUCGAUAAAGCCAUUGCAGAUGGCAUGCAGCGAGGAAGUAUGAGCGAUCUUCAUCGUCAAGCAAUGCGACGGAUGCAGGCUUCUGCCAACCGUCAAUUGUAA